AUGAAUCCAGACGGAAAAGGAUCAUUCAAUGCAUAUUGUGACAUGCGCAAUGAUGGUGGAGGAUGGACCGUGUUCCAGAGAAGACAAGAUGGCUCGGUGGACUUCUAUCGCGGAUGGAACGCGGAUUACAAAUCAGGCUUUGGUCAGCUGACGGCUGAGGUCUGGUGAGGAAACGACAAGAUCCACAGGCUGACGGCAGCGAGACCCAGUUCUCUACGAGUAGAAGUGUAGGAUUGGAAUGGGGUAAGAGCAUAUGCCAAAUAUGGCAAGUUCAAGAUUGGCGAUGAACGGGCGCAGUAUCGACUUGAUGUAGGCUCAUAU